CAUUCAGUUAUCAUCCAGACUGCACAACAGAAUAAAAUGGUGCUGUCCAUGACUCGUUGGGUCGGCAAAGUGGCUGUGGUCACCGGGGCUAGUUCUGGUAUCGGAGCUGUUACUGCAGAGGCAUUGGUCGAGCAUGGCCUUAAGGUCGCAGGUCUGGCACGAAGGAAGGAUCGUCUGGAUGCGUUAGCCCAGAAGCUUUCCAACAAGAAAGGUAAAUUCUACCCCGUUAAAACUGAUAUAAGUAAAGAGGAAGACAUUUUGAAAGCCUUCAAAUGGAUCAAGGAGAACCUAGGACCGGUACACAUUCUGAUCAACAACGCUGGCACCUUGGGAAAAACUAAUUUAAUGAAUGGAGAUACCGAGAUUUGGAAGAAUACCCUUAACGUCAACGUUCUCGGUUUGUCUAUAGCCACCAGAGAAGCCAUAAGGGACAUGAGGGCAAACAAUGUAGAUGGGCACAUAAUCCACAUCAACAGCGGUGCGGGACAUCAGGUGCCUAACAUACCUAACAUAAAUAUGUACCCUGCUAGCAAAUUUGCGGUUAGGGCAUUGGCAGAGACUUUAAGAUUGGAGCUGCUUAAUAAGAAAUCAAAAAUUAAAAUCACGAAUAUCAGCCCAGGACUGACGGAUACCGAAACUGUAUCCGCCGAUGUGAAGGAGCAUAUUCGGAAAAUUGGUGGGGAUCAGAUGAUUGAGCCCGAAAAUAUUGCCGAUGCAAUUAUCUAUGCGUUGUCGACACCUCCACAUGUUCAGAUUCAAGAACUUGACGUGAGAGCGGUGGAUGAAUCUUUUCUGCAUUAGAUAUUUAUAAUCAUAAUUUAAUUUUAAAAUAUAAUUAAAUAAAUGUCAAUUUUGAAUUAUUUAAAAAUA